AUGGUUUCUUGCAAGAUAAUCACUUUUUUCUAUCUAAUAAUCCCUUUUGCGGCUUCAUUAUCCUUCAAUUUCAGCAGUUUCAUAACCAAUGAUCCUAACGUAACUUAUGAAAAAUCAGCUUAUGCAGCAGACAAUAUCAUCCAACUGACAAGAAAUCGACGUGACGCAAGUACACUAGCAAGCGUAGGCAGGGCAACAUAUGCCAAGCCGAUGCAUCUUUGGGACAAGUCCUCGAAGAAUCUCACAGAUUUUACGACAACUUUCUCUUUUGUCAUCAAUUCGCUUAACAGAAGCGCGUAUGGGGAUGGGAUGGUGUUUUUCCUUGCACCUGCUGGUUCCCGGAUUCCAGAUAAUGUAACAAAAGGUAGGAGCAUGGGCCUUGCGACUGAUAAUCAGCCACUGAACUCGACUGAUAAUCCGUUUGUAGCUGUAGAGUUUGAUGUAUACCCAAAUCAUUUUGAUCCACCUGGUGAGCACGUUGGUAUUGAUAUUAACUCCAUGGAAUCUGUUGCUAACAUCACAUGGUUGAGUGCUUCGAGCAUUAUGAAAGGUCUGAAACAUGAGGCCUCGAUAAACUAUGAUUCGGGUUCGAAAAAUUUAAGUGUUGUCUUCACUGGUUAUAGAAAUGAUAAUUAUAUAACACAGAGAUUAUCUUACAUAGUUGAUUUAAGGCAAUAUUUGCCUGAAUGGGUGACUUUUGGCUUUUCAGCUGCAACUGGAAAUGCUUCUGCGUUGCAUAGCAUUUAUUCCUGGAGUUUUAGCUCGACUCUGGAAGUAAAUGAAACAGAUCCGGGGGUAGUCGAUCUAGGUCCAACUAAUGGAACAGAUCCCUGGACAGUAAAACCAGGUUCCAACUCGAGCAAAAACAAGAUAGGAUUGGUGAUUGGAUUUGCAGUUGGAGGGUCCGUUUUGGCAGGGGGAUUGGGAAUAUUUGGAUGCUGGAAGAAGAGACGAAGAAUGUUGGGUGAAGGUGGUUCUGAUUUUGAUGUAGAGAUCAGUGAUGAGUUUGAAAGAGGCAGCGGACCGAAGAAGUUUUCAUACGCAUUGCUCUAUCUACACGAGGAAUGGGAACAGUGCGUAGUGCAUAGGGACAUAAAAUCAAGCAAUGUCAUGUUGGAUUCCAAUUUCAAUGCCAAACUCGGUGAUUUUGGGUUAGCUCGACUAGUUGAUCACGAGAAAGGAUCUCACACAACAGUCUUAGCUGGGACAAUGGGGUACAUGGCACUCGAAUGUGUAAUCACGGGCAAGGCUAGUAAAGAAACUGAUGUCUACAGCUUUGGUGUUGUGGCAUUGGAAAUUGCUUGUGGAAGAAGACCGAUUGAUCCCAAGGCCCAAGAGGAUCAAGUGAACUUGGUCGAACGGGUUUGGGGACUUUAUGGAACAGGAAAGCUACUUGAAGCAGCUGAUUCAAAAUUAGAUUCUGAUUUCAACGUGCAAGAAUUGGAACACUUGAUGAUCGUAGGCCUUUGGUGUGCUCAUCCCGAUAGCGACCUUCGUCCUUCAAUUAGGCAAGCAUUGCUCGUACUCAAAUUUGAAGCUCCGUUGCCAAUUCUCCCAUCGAGAAUGCCCGUGCCUAUGUACUGCAAUCCAAUUGAAAAUAUGCUUUCGUCUGGCACAGUCACUUCUCAAAGUCGCGACAGUCAACCACUAUCUUCGAUAUCUAGUGAUAAUACGGAGUCUUCAAAGGUCACUGCGUCGUCUGGAGCAUCUUCGCCAUCAGCAUCACUUUUGUACACCAUAUGA